AUGGCGGCGGCGGCGGUGGUGGUAAGCGUUUUUAUUCUAUUUGGAACUAUUAACCUUUGUUGGUAUUCUUGUGGGCUCAGUCAUAGAAAAGAUGGAACAACAAGAACAAUAGAGAGUGAGAAAGUUGAUCAGGUAAGGGACCAAACUCUGAGCCGAAUAAAAAGUAAUAUAGAACUCAUGGUGGCUACAAAUGGUGGGAGAAAGGUGGUUGUUAUUCCGCAUUCAAUGGGUGUUCUUUACUUUCUGCAUUUCAUGAAAUUGGUUGAGGCACCUGCUCCAAUGUGCGGUGGGGGUGGAACACAUUGGUGUGCUGAGCACAUAAAGGCAGUGAUGAAUAUUGGUGGCCCCUUUUUAGGCGUGCCAAAAGCAGUCUCAGGAUUUUUCUCUAAUGAAGCCAGGGAUAUUGCUGCAGCCAGGGCUUACGCUCCGGGUUUUUUGGAUAAGGAUGUUUUUGGUCUUCAAACUCUGCAACAUUUAAUGCGGAUGAGUCGUACAUGGGAUUCAACCAUGUCUAUGAUACCAAAAGGUGGGGAUACAAUCUGGGGUGGCCUUGAUUGGUCACCCGAAGGAAUCUACAAUUGUGGUGCAAAGAAGCCAAAAGACAAUAGUACACACACUGCAAUUCCAAAUGGGAAAGGGGCAUCAAGUUUCACGGAAGGUGUGAACUAUGGGAGAAUUAUAUCGUUUGGGAAAGGUGUGGCUGAGCUUCAUUCCUCCAAAAUUGAGAGGAUUGAUUUCAGGGAUGCUGUUAAUUUUAAUAACCCUGCAAACAACUGUGACAUCUGGACAGAGUACCAAGAAAUGGGUGUCGGGCAUAUUAAAGUUGUUGUGGACUACAAAGUAUCCACAGCUGGAUCAGUUUUGGAUCUGCAUCAUUUUGUUGCUCCCAAGCUUAUGAAACGUGAAGGUGCUCAUUUUUCACAUGGGAUUGCAGAUGAUUUGGAUGAUCCUAAAUACAAACACUGUAAAUAUUGGUCGACCCCCUUAGAAACAAGAUUACCGAAUACUCCUGAGAUGGAGAUAUAUUCUAUGUAUGGAGUUGGAAUGACCACUGAAAGAGCAUAUGUUUACAAGCUAGCUUCUACUACUGAAUGCUCAAUUCCGUUUCAGAUAGAUACCUCGGCAACUGGUGGAAUUGAGAACUCUUGUCUAAAAGAUGGAGUUUUUUCCGUUAAUGGAGACGGGACAGUUCCUGUUUUGAGUGUUGGUUUUAUGUGUGCAAAGGGUUGGCGAGGCAAAACAAGAUUCAAUCCUUCAGGCAUUCAUACUUACAUAAGGGAAUAUAAUCAUGCCCCUCCAGCUAAUCUUCUAGAGGGCCGAGGCACCCAAAGUGGUGCUCAUGUUGAUAUACUGGGGAACUUUGCACUAAUAGAGGGCAUUAUAAGGGUUGCAGCAGGAGCUAAAGGAGAGGACUUGGGAGGAGACCAAAUUCACUCCGAUAUUUUCAAAUGGUCUGAAAAAAUCAACUUGCAUCUAUAGUUGAUAAGGUGAGCACU